AGACGAGGCCCUCUAGACAGAGGAAGAGCGGCGUAAUCUUGUUGUGCCCGGUAGUAGAGGUGCACGCCGGCAGCUGUCGCGGAAUCCUUCCGCAGAGUUCCCAGCAGGGUAAAAACAGCCAUGUCGUAGCGGCGCAGGGGACAGCACCCGCUGAAAGUAGUUUUUCGGGAAGACGGAAGAAUCACAGAGCACACAGCACACAGCAGAUCAUACAUACUAGGUGGCCAGAAAGCCGUUUUUGCCUACCGGAGUCUGCAAGUCCGUGACGCCGGGCGUUCUGCAAAAUGGCGUCUGCGUCCUCCUCCUCCGCGCACGUGACGGUGGAGAACCCGUUCCGGCUACCGCCUGACGAAGAGAUAUUUCUGCUCCGUGAAGAGGAGAAGCGCAGGAAAGCCGAGGAGCGCGAACUGAAGAAAAAUCAGAAGGUGUGGGAGAAGAAAACUGCGUCAUGCCGGCUUAUCCCGUCGAAGCGACUCCGCGAAGAAGGCGGCAAAAAAGAGGAGGCCGGAAAGCACGAGGUAAUAGACAAGAAGGCGGUCCCGAGAGAAAGGGAAAAUACCACGGACUUCGUUGCAAAGAAAAGAGAAAUGUUCCUGGUAAGAAAGUAUAGGACUUCUUUUUUUAUUUCUGAAUGUGGGAGGCUUUGAUCGCUCACCUUAAGAAGCGCACGCGUCAUUCUUUUUUUCUGAAGAUGAUUUGCAAAGCGCUGGAGCAUCAGCAUUUGCUGGGCGGUCUCCACCGUGCCUGCGGUGCGCAUGAUUUCGUGACAGCAUAAUCGUUCUUCGAAAAAAAAGAGGUUUAUUUUCUGGCUCCGACGAAAAUAAAAACACUAUUGUUUUCAAGGUACAAAUGUCACUCGACGUGAAGAAGGCGGAGAUCCUGAAGCUCGACGAGAAGGCGCGCGCAAAGGAAACGGCCUUGAAAAAAUCCCAACAGAUGUUGGAUGAAGACGUACUCUUUACACCUUUUUUUCAGUCCACCUCCACUCUUGAUCAGGUUCUGAUGGCUGCAUGAACGUAGCAUCACUCUUGAUCAUCUUCACCUUUCGGUAUUCGCCAUCGAUUUUGAUUCAGGUUACGAGGUUCGAUACGUUUCUGCAAGCGAACGACGCCAAAGCGCACAAAGCCAUGCGACACGCGGAGGAGAUGACGAAAGUGAAGCAGGAGCGGCUUCAGAAGAUCAAGCACCUACGGGGAAAAAUUGCGCAGAUUCAGUCUGAGAUUUCCAAGUACAAGGAGCAAAAGGAAGAGUGCGUCAAAUUUCGCAAGUUCCUAGACCACUUGACGCCAGUGGAGUGGAAGCAGAAGCAGGCGGAGCUUAGAAGAUUGUAUAUAACGGUUUUUGAUAUAUAGAUAUUUUGACAUUACUGGGGGAGAUCAAACUUAUUAGUGCUGCUUUGAAAUAAGUCUUCUUUCGAGACUGAGGGAGACAGGCUCUUUCGAAAAAUUCAAGACAAAGGUUAAUGAACAAAAUUUGCAGGGAAGCCGAGCGCAAGAAGAACAUCUGGAUGAACAAGCGCAACGACGACAUAGAAGCGAGAAUAAAGGCUGAGCUAGCGGUACUAUUUUUCUUUGCUGGGCCAAAAUGUAGAUGAAGAAAUACAAAAGCUGCAAGCUUUGCAUUGAAUUGAUGUUCUUGAUGAGAGCUUGACGAGCUUCUGAAAUUGAAAUUUUCAUUGCGAGUCCCACAACUCACACACCAGAUAUACGAAGAUAGCAUUCCCGACCCGUUCGUGGAGGCUAUGAAGAAGGGGAAGAAACUGUCGAAAAAAGAGGAGUCGAUGCUCCAGGCGAAAGCAGAGGAUCGGCGGAACGAUAUUGAGAACAAACGAAAAAAACUGAAGAAAAAAUACCACCCAGGCCAGGAGGUCCUGGAGAGGGAAUACACAGAAGACGUUCUUCCAAGGCAGCCCCCCCAGGACGAAGAUGACGUAUUGUUAUUGCACAUUUUUCUUCUCCAGCGACAUUGUUGUUGCAAGGAAUUAUGCAGCUCCGCACGGUGGGAAAAACGAGUACAAAAGAAUUCAGUGCCUGCAUCUAGCAUUCCUAUAUCUGACAAAACAGGAGCUGUAUUUUAAGGAGCCGAAGCAUCUUCUGGACAUCUUCACGAAUUUGGAGGAAGCGAAUCUGUUUCUCAUCCAGAAUGCCCAAGAGACAGAAGAGGUACAUGUUUUGUGGUUUCUGUUGUUGCCGGAGGAGUUUGCAGCUAAUGUUACCUGCAUGAAGUAGAUGAAAUGAUAGCGUCGAUAAUGAAACCACCUGUGGUCGUCGUGAUGGUGUUGAAAUGUCGCACGAUUUUAUCGCAGGCUAUGGAAGAGAUCGAGGAAAAGUUUGAGGAGGCAAGGCGGGUGAUGGAGGCGAAAACCCACGCAUUAAAGGAGGGCAUCGAGAACACGGAAAAGCAAAUACUGGAGAAGAAGCAGAAAUGUGCACAGGCUUUGCAGGAGAUCGAGAACGCACGCAAGGGGCGGGCAGGAAAGGAGGAGAAAGAAGAACAGCCCAAAGAGGAGGGAGCAGAGGAGGUCAGCCAAGCACAGUUGCUUGCGGACCUCAGUGCGGAGGUAAGUACUCACUUGAGCGUUUUUUGAAGGAGUUGGUGAUUUCUGGUACGUAGUAUCAGAAAUCUGGUAGUAUCAGUUUUCAUUGCACUAAUAAGGCCGCGUGGAGCACGCUGCUUCGAUUUAUUACCGAAGAAACAAUGAAUAAACUCCAGGUCCUGGGCGUAUUUCAAGUGUGCGGGUUCGAUACCGAGGCACGAGACCCCCUGCAGAUGCUCAGCCAGAUCGAGAACAAGCUCGAGGAAUUAUUUGGAACGCUGGAUAACGAAGAAGUGCAAGGGGACAAGGAUCUCGUGCCCAGAUUAGAAAAAGAAAAGGUACGAGUUGUACUUACAUGAAUCUUGUGAGCCGGAUUUAUGUCGAAGAUGAACAUAUUAUGCGAUUCGUCUUCAAUCUCGGUUCAGCUGUAAGCACAUACUAGGGCGAUCACUUUUUUGAACAUCAACGCUAUUCGGAAUCGGAGCUGCAUUGAUCUCGCAAAUUUUUCAGGAGCGCGACCGUCGCGACCGGGUGCGACAGGCCCGCAUAGAGGCGCACGCACGGGAGCGGGAAAAGCGUCUGAAGGAGAGUUUGCUGCGGUCGCAGGCACCGGUGCACAAGAAGGUUGGAAAGCAAAUAAUGUUCCGGUCGCAGCCACUGAUGGUUCAGCGCAAGGUGGAGAAGAUCGAUUACGACGAGCUGGAGCGGGAAAAGGACGCAAAGGUCUUCGGCAUUUACCUCGACCGGAACGGCGUGCCCUACGACAAGAAACCCCGGCAGCCGGUGUGA